AUGGCCGAUGUCAAGGCAAAAGCUGAGGCUUUGGUCCCCAAAUUCAAGCUCGACCGCGUCCUCAACCAAGACCAAGCAGGCCGCCGCACCUCCCUCCUUGGCACCAUCGACGCCCAGCCCGCCCUCCUGAUCCUCGAACGCGCCCCCUUCCCGACCGACCCGUCCUACCUCGGCGCGACCCCGACGACCCUCUCCUCCAUCGCGAACCUCGGCGCGAACGACGUCUACCACUGGUACCUCGCCAACACCGGCGCCAGCUCCUCUUCCAACAAAUCAGACCCCGCCCUCGCCGACCUCAAGAUCAACCUCAUCUACCCCUGCACCGACACGCACGUCAAAAAGUACAGCAAGCAGGGCGUCCGCCUCGUCACCGAGACGCCGCACAUCUACGCCUCCGCCGUGCGGCCCUUCAUGCAGCGCAAGCGCGACGAGGGCCGCCUCAACUGGGUCUUCAACAUCAUCGAGGGCCGCACCGAGGUCGAGGACGUCAUCUACCGCACGGAGCUGGGCGCCUCCGCCAACGACGAGGGCUUCCUGCUGCUGCCGGACCUCAACUGGGACCGCAAGACCAUCGACGCGCUGCACCUGCUCGCGCUCGUCGAGCGCCGCGACAUCUGGUCCCUGCGCGACCUGCGCCGCAAGCACAUCCCCUGGCUGCGGCACAUGAAGGCCAAGCUGCUCUCGGCGGCGGUCAUGAAGUAUCCCGAGGUCGAGCCGGACCAGCUGAAGCUCUACGUGCACUACCAGCCUACGUACUACCACUUCCACAUCCACAUCGUGCACGUGCAGCUCGAGGCGGGCGCGACGCAGGCCGUGGGCAAGGCCGUCGGGCUCGACAGCAUCACGGAGACGCUCGAGGCCAUGGGGGGCGAUGAGGAGGCGGGCAUGGAACAGAUUUCUCUUAGCUAUACACUAGGGGAGGCAAGCGAACUAUGGACAGAGGUGUACGAGCCGCUCAAGCGGAGCGGUGCAGCUUCUCAAUAG